AUGCAUGCCAUUUUCGAGCAUGUCUCCACAUCAAGUACAGAACAUGUAAUUAUCGAUGAGAGAUACGUGAGCGUAAGCUACAAAGUCACACAACGCCCAAAAUCCGACAAGGGCGUCUCCACCUUUUACUAUAUACCAAGCCUCCAGCUCCAGUUUCUCAACUUCACUCUCACCAGCUUCAAAAACGUCCAAUCCCGUCCCAUCGGUCCAAGUCCCACCACCAAAAUGCACAAGUAUACCGUCCUAAUCACUGGUAACCUUGCCCUCCAAACCUACCACUCUAGUCCAACUCUCUUAUCCGUCCCAGGAGCAAACACUGGCUUCGGCUUCGCCAUCGCCACCGCCCUAUCCUCCAGUCCGCGCUACCACAUCAUCAUGGCCGUGCGAUCCCUUGCCCGCGGUCAAACAGCCUUUGACAAGCUACACGCCUCCCACGCGCACACAGCACCAGAGUCGCGAGCAACAAUCUCCCUCCUGCACCUCGACCCCACAGACUGCGACUCUAUAUCCUCGGCAGCCUCCUACCUCACCCAGAACGUCGGCCGAUUGGACGCUCUAAUCAACAACGCCGGCCUCCUCUCCCGCCUCCCAACCCUGCACGCCCAACUAAUAGAAACGUUCUCCCUAAACACCUUCGCCCCCGCCCUGUUGACGGAGUCCCUUCUCCCGCUCAUGGAGCGCUCUCCCGACCCCCGCGUAAUACACAUCUCGGCGGACCUGGGCUCCAUCACGCUGAAAAGCGACCCGGCAAGCCAGUACCAUGAGAUUGACCACAUGGCCUACCGCAUGAGCAAGGCGGCGCUGAAUAUGAUGACUGCAUGCCAUGCUGUGCAGUUUCACGGUUGGGGAGGGAAGGUAUGGAGCUAUAACCCUGGUUUUGUGGUUACAGAUGCGUGGGGGAAUAGCGAGGAGGCGCGGGAGGCCAUGAGGAAGGCUGGGGCGGGGAGCGCUGAUGAUGCGGCGCAGGGUGUCAUGGAUAUUUUAGAGGGGGGUAGGGAUGAUGAGACUGGGUGCUUUUUGGAUAGGCAUGGGAGACAUCCGUGGUGA